GUCGUGCCGCUGGGCGCCCGCCCGGCGGCCCCCCGCGCGCCGAGCGGCCCGCGCGGGCCCGCGGAGCGCUGGCUCCCGGCGAGCCUGGGCGGCGGGAGGCCCGGCAGGCGCAAGCAGGACGCGCACUUGGAGGAGGUCAUCGGCGAGCUCGCCGCCUGGUCCGCCGUCAAUGGCCACAAGCACGUGGUCGGCUUCGUCUCGGCGAUGGUGGAGGGCAACCGCGUCUUCAUGGUAAUGGAGAGGUGUGAGACCAGCAUCAUCCACAAGGUCUCCAAUUCGCCAGGCUUCUGGGUGGUGGAGUCCCGGCGCGUGAUGAAGGAGAUGCUCCUUGGUGUACAGGCGUGCCAUCUGGUUGACAUCGUUCACAGAGAUAUCAAGCCACAGAACUAUCUGCUAGCCGCCGACGGCAGCACCGUGAAACUGUGCGACUUCGGGCUGGCUGCCAGGAUGCCCUGCCCUGGGCAGCUGCUGGGGCUGGCCGGCACCAUCCCCUACAUGUCCCCCGAGAUGUUGAGGGGCUCCGGGUACGGCAAGGCCACGGACAUGUGGUCGUACGGGGUGAUGGCGUACCUCCUGUGCUUCGGCGCCUUCCCGUACACCCCCGACGCCUCCUCGCGCGGGGGCAUGAAGAGGGCCAUUCCCAGGCUCGGCCACCCCGCUCCCCGCCUCGCCCGGGGCGGCGGGGUCGCCGCCCUCGUGGAGCGGCAGCUGGAGCUCUGCCCGGCCGCUCGCUGCACCGCGGAGGAGGCCCUGGCGCACUGGUACCUGCAGGAGAAGGCCCCGCCGCGCGCGCGGAGACGCCGAAGCCCAGGAGCUCCUCCGACGCGAGCGAGGCGACCACCGCGGCCGCUUCGAGGGCGGAGUCCUUCACCGCCUGCUUCAGCACGACCGGCUCAUGGUGCGUCUGAGGCGUUCGGCCAGACGUGGACGUCGGAGGCCCAGGUAUGA